AAAUGAGGAAAGGAGUUAAGGAGGUAGUAUUUUGGUCAGGGCUGUUCGUUGUUGAAUCUUGAUAAUUCUCCAUUUCGUUAAACCCUAGCGUAGGGGAGAAGUCGUAUAGGCUUUACAGCUGAAGGAGGGGCUCUCGUCAGCGUUUAAUAGAUUCUUUCGCAACAACCAGAGCGGUUGAAAUGGGCAACGGAGAAGACGAUCUAAGGGACGAGUGUGAUCUUACCAAUGCCUUCGACGACGCCAUCUCGAAAUACAAGAUCAAACAUAACCUAGCUGGAGGCGGGGCUACAAGUGCACAAGUGAAUUCUUCUGUUGUAGGAGAUGAAAACAGAGAAUCUAGAAGGCAAAAGGAAACAGGCGAUGAAAAUGAAGUUUUAUCAACACAGAGAAUAGAAAUAGGGGAGGCUAGUAAUGCAUCACCUGCAAAAGAAAACUUUUGCACAGAGACAAGUGGUAUUGAACAGUCACUUGAUAAAACCACAAGUGAUGUGGACCCAGAAAGCGUAGAAGAUUAUAAUGGGUUGGUUGAGAAAUAUUAUGAACUUGAGGGGCAGAUGCAACAGAUUAUACAGAAGCUUAACCAAUUUGGUGAUUUGAGUCAUCAGAACCCUGUAUCUAGUACUUUAACCCCUCAAGAGCAUCAAUCUUAUGGAGAACAGCCUUCUUACUAUUUUUGUUACCCUCAUGAGUGCCAGGGUCAGGUAUAUCCAUUCAUGGUACCACCUGCUUAUUAUGUGGGUGAAAAUGGCACUGAUAAAAACUCUGGUGCAUCUCGUAAUACUGGCUGCGAUCAAAACACAACCUCUUUUCAAGAACCUGAUGUUAUAACAACAAUGGAUGCGGCAGCGAAGGCCCUUUCUUCUGUGGGAGUUGAUUCAGUCAAUGAAUCCGAACCUGAAACAGCCCUUCCAGAAGUUUUGCUGCCUCCGUUCAUGGCAUCACCUGCUUAUUAUGUGGGUGGAAAUUUCACUGACAAAAACUCUGGUGCAUCUCUUGAGACUAGCUAUGAUAAAAACAAAACCUCCUGUCAGCAACCUGAUGAUAUAACAGCAAUGGUUGCGGCAGAGAUGGCCCUUUCUUUUGUGGGAGUUGAUUUAGGUAAUGAGGGUGAACCAAUGAUGAGUAAUGAUCAUGAAGUCAAUGAAUCCGAACCUCAAACAGCCCUUCCAGAGGUUUUGCAUGCCUGGUAUGCGGCUGGCUACUACACUGGAAAGUACCUGAAAGAGCAAUCACGUGCAGCAAAAAGACAUGAGUAGCCCAUGCUUUUCUUUUUGAGGCAUUAAUGCAUUACAAUAUUCCCGCUUUUGCGUAGUAGGAAAAACAUAUAUCUAGAGGUUUAUGAAUGUAAAGAGGAGUCAACAUUCUUUUAAAGUCCAAUGAUACUUCUACAGUAUCAUAAUUGCAUAUAAAAGAUUCAAAAAGUUCGUUUUGAGUUUGUUUUUCAAUAGGAAAAAGACCACAUAAAAAGCUCAUUGUAAUAUCUUACUCCCUUUCUAAAAAAUUGCCCUAAAUAGGAAUACAAAAUGGGCUUAUUCCUUGAAUAUUAUUACCUCUGUCCCA